UUUGUAAUCUUUCAUGAUAAUAAAAUAAGCUUAAAAUAUAAGAGAGAAUUCUUGGGCUUAGAAGGAUAUUUUUCAGCUUUUGGACAUUUUAUUUCUGGAUAUCUCUGGAUAAAUUCUUCUGUGAAGCAUUGCUUGUAUCAUCAGAGUAUUGUGGAGAUAAAGGGUAAGAAAUAUGUAAUAACAUUUAACUUUCUGAUUUUUGCAGCCUCUACAUCUGCAGAUAUUGUCCUUUUGGUUGACAGCUCUAAUAGCCUGGGAAACAAGGCGUUCCCCUCUAUGAAGUCUUUUAUUAGCAAAAUGAUCAGUCAUUUAACAGCGACUCCUAACCAAUACCGUAUCGCACUUGCCCAGUACAGUGAUGAUUUGCACGUUGAAUUUCAGCUGGACGUCUAUAAAGCAAAGAACCCAAUGCUGAAUUAUGUAAAAAAAAAUGUUGUAUUCAAGGGUGGUUCAGUAAAAACUGGCAAUGCCCUUCGAAAAGUUCACAGGACCUUUUUCAAAGGACCAGUUAGUGGAAGAGACAAAGAACGAAUUCUGGUAGUCUUGACUUCAGGGGCAUCAGAGGAUGCUGUAGUAGAGCCUGCCACGAUCUUGAAAAGUGAUGGGGUAAAAAUCAUAGCCAUGGGGACUCAGGAUGUUUCUCCUCAAGAAUUGCAGUCAAUGGCUACAUCUCAAUUUUCUUAUAAGUUUCGCACAGUGAGGGAUCUCAGUAUGUCUUCUCCAAACCUGACCAAGAUCAUCGAGGAUGUUAUUCAAACAGAUAUUAAUGGCAUAAUACCAACAGAUAUAACAGUUCCUGAGAGAGACGUUUGUAAGAGUGAUUCCGUUGCUGAUAUUGUGUUCAUAGUAGAUGAGGGUGUUUCAAAACCAAAAGCUGAAGAUAUUAAAAAGUUCCUGCAAGAUACAGUCUCCUUUCUUGAUGUGAGGAAGGAUUGUACAAAGAUUGGCCUAGUGACAUACAGCAGUGAGUCACAUGUGUUAUCUUUAUUAAGCGAAGAAACAAACAAAACUGCUAUUCUGCAGAAAAUACAGGACUUUUCUCCAAGGGAAGGGAAGGCCAACACCGGUGCUGCCAUUAAUGCUACAAGGCAAAGAGUCUUCUCUGGAAGCAGAAGGGCCCAAGGGAUAGAGCAAAUAGCCAUUCUGAUCACCCACAGACCCUCUGAAGAUAACGUAAGAAAGGCAGCUCGUGGUCUUCGGAGAGCUGGCGUGACAGUAUUCACCAUAGGCACUGAAAAUGCUGAUUACACCCAGUUAACCCAGAUAGCAUCAUAUCCUCAACAGCAAUAUGUUACUAAGCUGACGGCAUUUUCUGACCUGCCAAAAAAAGCCAGAACUUUACAAAAGAAACUCUUGAAUCAAAUUCAGGACAAGCUGUAUGUCCAGUCUGAAAGAAAAGAACUACUUAAAGCAGGAUGUGUGGACACAGAGGAAGCUGAUAUUUAUGUCCUCAUUGAUGGCUCAACAAGCAUUGAUGCUGCUUCCUUCGGAGACAUCAAAAAUUUUUUGAAGGAAGUGAUUAAGAUGUUUAACAUAGGACCAAAUAAAGUUCGCUUUGGAGCUGUGCAGUUCUCAAAUGAGACAAGACUGGAGUUUGAAAUUGAUGAAUACAGCAAAACAAAUGAUUUAGAGAUGGCCUUUGACAACAUUAGGCAAAUAUACGGGGAUACCUAUAUUGGAAAAGCAUUGACUUUCAUGCAGCCACUGUUUAAAAAGGCAAGGGAACAGAGAGCUGGCAGGGUGCCUUGUUACCUCAUUGUCCUAACAGAUGGGGUGUCACAUGACAGUGUGAAGGAGCCUGCUGAGAGACUGAGGAAUGAGAAGGUUAAUAUUUAUGCCAUUGGUGUAAAAGGUGCAAAUGAAGCACAGCUCCAUGAGAUUGCAGGGUCAAAGAGCAGGACUUUCUUUGUGCAAGAGUUUGACUUCUUGAAAAACAUAAAAAAUGAAAUUGUUCAAAAGAUCUGUUCUGGAGAAGCCUGCAAAGAAAUGACAGCUGACAUCAUGUUUCUAGUGGACAGUUCUGGAAGCAUAGGACCAGAUAACUUUUUGAAAAUGAAAAACUUUAUGAGAGAACUGGUGAACAAAUCUGACAUCAGUGCAAACCGAGUGCAGGUUGGGGUUGUCCAGUUCAGUGGCAAACAACACGAAGAGUUCCAGCUUGACCGAUACUCUUCAAAAAGUGACAUUUUCAGUGCUAUUGAUAAUAUGUUUCUUAUAGGGGAAAAUACACUAACAGGAAGCGCAUUGACAUUUGUGUCUGAUUAUUUCAAGCCUCCCAAAGGUGCACGUCCGGCUGUCAAAAAGUUUCUUAUCCUGAUUACAGAUGGGGAAGCACAGGAUGAAGUAAAAAGUCCAGCAACAGCCUUACGUGAUCAAGGUGUUAUUAUCUACUCUGUUGGGGUGUUUAAUGCAAAUAAACCUCAGCUGGAAGAGAUUAGUGGGAAGCCUGAGCUGGUUUUUUACGUCGAGGAGUUUGAUAUUCUGAAGCACAUAGAAGAUGAGAUCAUCUUUGGAAUAUGCAGGCCUCAUGAGGAAUGCAAGAGGAUAGAAAGAUUAGAUGUUGUGUUUGUUAUAGAUGGAUCUGGGAGCAUAAGUCGUGAAGAAUACCAGACCAUGCAAGACUUCAUGAUUGACUUAGUGAAAAAAUCUGAUGUCGCUCCAGAUAGAGUUCAGUUUGGAGCUGUAAAAUAUUCUAAAGAACCGGAAACGUUUUUCUACCUUAACCAGUACCCAACAAAAUCCAAGAUUGUUGAGGCUAUCCAGAAUGAUAGCACUAUAGGAUAUUCAACGUACACAGCCAAGGCAGUUGGCUAUUCGGAAGCUCUGUUUGCUCAGGAGCAUGGCGGCCGCAAAAGCAAGGGAGUUCCACAGAUUCUUAUAGUGAUAACAGACGGUGACUCCCGUGAUGCAGAACAGCUCAAUGACACAGCCAAGAGAUUAAGAGACAAGGGAAUUAUUAUCUAUGCUGUUGGGAUAAAAGGAGCAAAACCUGAUGAGCUUUUGGCCAUGGCUGGAUCAGAAGACAAAUAUUACUAUGUGGAUACAUUUGAAGGACUCAAAAACACAUCUGUAGCAAUAUCAGAAAAAAUAUGUGAUGAUUCAAAACCAGAGUGUGAAAUUCAAGUAGAUCUUGUUUUCUUGAUUGAUGGUUCCAAUACUAUAUACCAAGAUGACUUCACCACAAUGAAGAAUUUCUUGAAAGAUAUAAUAGAUCAGAUUGAUUAUGAUGACAAUGUUCAAAUUGGCAUUGCCCAGUACAGUGACAGGUAUAAAAGAGAAUUCAGCCUGGGUGCUUAUCAGAACAAGUCAGAACUGAAGAGUCAAAUUCAGAACAUUAAGCAGAUGACAGGAACUAGUACUUUAAUUGGAGCUGCACUUAGGAAGGUGAAGGAAUUCUUUGCACCAGCACGCAGCAGAAGAGUAACAAGAAACGUCCAACCAGUUUUGCUGGUAGUCACUGAUGGGGACUCGCAUGAUGAUGUUGCUGAACCAGCAGAAGAUCUGAGAAGGGAAGGUGUUCAUAUAUAUGCUAUAGGAGUUGGGAAAAUUGAUCACUUGCAGCUCACGCAAAUAGCUGGCGUCCCGGAAAGGAAGUACACUGUUAAUGAUUUCAAUGAACUGAAGAUUAUUAAAAAAAGACUAGUUGGUGACCUAUGCAAACGUGAUGUUCCUACAACUUGUUUUGUGGAUAUUGUUAUGGGAUUUGAGAUCUCUUCACAAAAGAGAGAUGACAGUUUAUUCCAUGGACAGUACCAGCUGAAAGCAUAUCUUCCUGACAUUCUAAAAGCCCUCACAUCCCUAAGCAGUCUGAGUUGCAAUGUGGGGACAAAGACACAGAGCAGCGUGGCAGUUUACCUGAACAACACCGUUACACCCGUGUCUUCAAAGUUCCAAUUUGACAGUGAGAAAAUAUGGAUCAGCCUGAGAGAGAUCCUGAUCGACAAACCAUCUCGUCUUAAUGUCAACUUCCUGGAGUCACUCUGGAAAACGUUUCCUAGCAAAGCUGAUGAUCAAAAUCGAAGGAAGGUUUUACUGGUAUUUUCAGAUGGUUUGGAUGAAGAUGUAGAAGAACUAGAACAAAAGUCAGAAGAACUUAGAAAAAAAGGAUUGGAUGCAUUGAUGACUGUUGUUCUGGAAGGAGCCUCUAAAUUUGAUGAGCUUCAGUUCAUUGAGUUUGGAAAGGGAUUCGACUACAUGACUCAAUUAACUAUUGGCAUGAGCAAUAUCGCCAAAGCACUGUCCAAGUAUGUGACUAACGUUGCUGAAAGGACGUGCUGUGCUGUUUUUUGCAAGUGCAUUGGGGAGGAAGGUGGAAUUGGACCCCGAGGGAAUGAAGGAAAUGAAGGUUCAAGAGGACUGCGUGGAACAAGGGGAGAGCAAGGGAAUAAGGGAUGUGAUGGUAGUAGAGGUCCUAAAGGAUUCCAAGGAAUAUCUGGUGAAAAGGGAGACGACGGGGACAACGGGAUUGAUGGAAUUAAUGGAGAGCAGGGAUCACUUGGGUAUCCAGGAAAGAUGGGAGAAAAGGGUGACCCAGGCUACAUGGGCAGUCCAGGGCCAAGAGGACUCCCUGGUGAGCGUGGUGAGAGGGGCUUACGAGGAGAUCAUGGUAACCCUGGAUUGGACAAUGACAUAAAAGGGUCGAAAGGUUCAAAAGGAGAACAGGGAAGACAGGGUGAAAGAGGACCAAUGGGCUCACCAGGGUCACCAGGCUCUCAGAGAACCACAGGAACAAAAGGUCGAAGAGGAAUACCAGGUCCACAGGGACAAAAAGGGAUUAAAGGUGUGAAAGGAGAGAAAGGAAGUGAAGGAAAUAAAGGUCUUCAGUGUGAACUGGGAACUGCAGGUCCAAAAGGGAGUCCUGGUAGUCCUGGGAUGAGAGGAAAUAAAGGAGAAUAUGGUGAUCCUGGAGAGAAAGGACAGAGAGGGCCACCAGGUCAACGGGGAAUUCAGGGAGACAAUGGUGCUGAUAGAUAUGGUGAACCAGGAAAGAAAGGAGCAAAGGGACAAAAAGGAUUCACCGGAGAUAUUGGACAGAAGGGUGAAAUUGGAGAAACAGGAUUUCCAGGAGAACUUGGACCAAUAGGAAUCAAAGGACAAAGGGGUCCUCCAGGUCCUCCUGGUCCAGAGGGAUUUCCAGGGGACAAGGGAUUUCCAGGACCCAGGAAUUCCUUUCUUUCUCCUUGUUUUGUUUCUGUUCUGCAGCCAUGUGAAGUCAUUGACUAUGUGCGCAGACACAGUCCUUGUUGGCAGGAAAAACCAGAAUGCCCAGUAUAUCCAACGGAACUAGUGUUUGCUUUGGACAUAUCCCAGGAUGUGUCAUCCCAGUUAUUUGAAAGAAUGAGAGAGAUUGUAAUAUCAGUAGUGAAUGCCACCAAAAUUAGAGACAGCAACUGUCCAGUGGGAGCUAGAGUCGCUGUUGUGUCCUACAAUUCCAACACUCAUUAUCUGAUCCGCUUCUCCGAGUUCUACAACAAGAAUCAGCUCCUCAAAAAACUUAAUAAUCUGACUUAUGAGAGAUCCUCAAGCGAACGGGAUAUUGCCAGAGCAAUGGGAUUCGUUGCCAGGAAUGUUUUCAAGCGAACUCGCCAAGGUCCUAAUGUGAGAAAAGUAGCAGUGUUUUUCAGCAAUGGGCCGUCCUCAGAUGAAUUUUCUAUUAACACAGCAGUUCUGGAGUACACUGCAUUUGAUAUUGUUCCAGUAGUUAUCGCUUUUAAUGAUGUUCCCCUCCUCAGUCGUGCUUUUGCGAUGGACGAUACUGGAUUCUUCCAGGUAAUAAAUAUUAAUCAAGAGGAUGACUAUGAGCCAUUCUUGGAAACAUUUCAGCGCUGCACUCUUUGUUAUGACAAAUGUAAACCAGAUGAGUUUUGUGAACGCCGCAGAUUCCGAUCACCACCGGUAUAUGUGGAUGCUGCUUUCAUUUUGGAUAGCUCACAGAAAAUGAGUAGUGCCGAAUUUGAGAACGUGAAAAACUUCUUGAGCAGAGUACUUGAUAACUUUGACAUUUCCUCUGAGCCAGAGACUUCUUCCACAGGUGAUAGGGUGGCUGUGGUGAGCCAUGCUCCCCCAGGUUUCAAACCUCAAAAGGGGCAGAACCCUGUAAAGAAAGAAUUUGACUUCUUCACCUACAAGAAGAGACAGUUAAUGAAAAGACAUAUCCAAGAAUCUGUUCGACAGCUGAAUGGAGCAGCUGCUCUUGGCCAUGCCAUACAGUGGACAAUUGAUAAUGUUUUCUUAACUGCACCCCACUCCAGACAACACAAGGCUAUUAUUGUUAUAUCUGCUGGAGAAACAAGUCAGUGGGACAAAGACACAUUAAAGGAGGCAUCUCUGAGAGCCAAGUGCCAAGGAUAUGCUCUGUUUGUAAUUUCAUUAGGACAUGUAUAUAACGACAAGGAAUUGGAAGAGAUGGCUAGUAUUCCCCUGGAACAUCAUUUGAUUCAGCUGGGCAGAGUUCACAAGCCUGAACUUGAAUACGUAGUGAGGUUUAUGAAACCAUUUGUGCAUCUCCUCAGGCGUGCAAGGAACAAAUAUCCACCAGUAGAGCUCAAGAGAAUUUGUACCAGAGCUCGCUCUCAGAAACCAGAAUAUGCACUAAGGGGCCAACCACAUGUAGCUAUCAUAGAUGACAGUUGGUCAGGAGGUGAUGCCAUAGCUGAUGCUGAAUACGCUGUUUCUGGGCAUGCAACACUAAUGUUCCAGGAUGACGUAAGCAAUGUCCUCUAAACACCAACGGUUUUGCCAGCAGUACACAUCAAUCCUUGGUAACUACCGACAUAAUGGAGAAUGCUACCAAAACACACGGAAGGAAAGAUAACAUGGCUGGAACCAAAACGUUUUAAACAAUGAAAUGGUUAAAUAUGGCACUGGGCUGAAGAAACUAACUAUGCUGCAUGGUUCUGACCUAUAAAAAUUCCCAUUGCUGCCUCCUACAAUGGUUUAUUGGUGGAAAUCAUGGAAGAAAUGUGGACAUGAUCUGUGAGAUACAGAAUCAUUUUAUUCCUUUAAGAAAUGGACAAGACUGUAUUUUAAAAAACUUGAAUAUCUCUAUCCCUAUGCACAUAGGGUCUGCUCCUGUAUAGUACUGAAUGUGCUCAACUCCCAUUCACUUCAGAGGGAGGUGAGGACACUUGGAAAUUAACAGGGUCAGGCCCUUAAGGAACUGUCUAGUCUCCAGGUCAGUUGUGCUUUGUUGGAGUUGGCUGGCAAGACGUGAGGCAUGAAUGUGUGUAACACUCUCCUCUUUCAAUGAGUAAACUGCAGUGCAAAUUCUUUUCAGUGAAACUUUACUUUCCAUAGUCCUUCUACAGGUGUAAGUUGCAUUGUCUAAAGAUAGGAAGAAGGCUUAUUAGUCACUGCUGUGCUUUUCCAGAUAGAGUAACUAUGCAAUUGGUGACUGAAUUACUUCUUUUAGAUCAAGGAGAACUCUAAAAGAACAGUGUGUCUUUAACAUGGAGCAUCUCGUCUGCCUUAAAACAAAACAAAACA